AUUCGUGUGGUCUCCAUGAUCCACACACACAUCAGCUAAGCUGAGACCCGGAGCGAGAGAGCAGCCAGCCAGCCAUGGCCGCAGGAGCUGCCUGCUGCUACCGCCCUGCCGCGGGGAGGGCAAGCGUGGACGCCUUCAUCCCCUCAUCGCCUUCGAUGCCGCAGGGCAAGGUCUUGUUUACCAGCGGCAGCGGCAGCCGGUGGUGGAUGAGGAGGAAGAGGGUGGAGGGGAGGGUCAGCACCAGCGGCAGGGUGAGGGGGAGGCCCUCCGUGAGGCGCGCCGUCUUCUCCCCCGUCGCCAUGGAGUGGCAGGAGUGCAGCACCGAGAUUGAAGUCGAUGUGCCCUGUUCAGUGGCUUACCAGUGUUAUUCAGAGCGUGAGACAAUUCCUCAAUGGAUGCCAUUUAUCUCAUCUGUCAAGGUCCUUGAAGACAAACCAGAUCUAUCACGUUGGACUUUGAAGUAUGAGAUACUUGGUAGAAAUGUAGAGUUUUCGUGGCUAGCUCGAAACAUGACACCUACGAAAAACCAAAAGAUCCAUUGGCGAUCUCUUGAAGGUCUUCCUAACAGGGGUGCUGUUCGAUUCUUUCCUAAAAGCUCAUCCUCUUGUAGAGUACAACUGACUGUGGCUUAUGAAGUUCCUGAAAUUUUGGCCCCCGUUGCAUCGGCGCUGAAGCCAUUUCUGGAAGGGUUGCUUAUGAAUGGUUUAGAACGCUUUGCCACGUAUGCAAGAGAGCGACAUACCAAGAUUCCUCGACCUUGACAAGCGCCCCAUUUCUAAAUAUUCCAGUUUCAUUAAAGCGAAGCCUGAUAAAGAUAGCAAUUGAUGUAAAGACCACCUAAUGCUACUCUAGAUUUGUUGUGGGGGAAAAAUGUGUCACCAUUCAAACAAGAGCGACUGCUGUGGGAAAUAAAAUCUUAAGGUUCAACUCAUGCUGUAUGUGAUCGUUUUGUUUGAAUACUCAUAAUUGUUGAAAUACACCAGUGUUGAACUUGUGCGUAA